AUGUUUACUAGUUUCGCGCACAUCAUAAAUCGAAGGCGUAAUCCUUAUAUCAAUUAUCAGUUUCGAGCGAGUUCGGAUCACGGGAGUGUAUAAAGGAUGAACUUUUGAGAUUCUGAUGUAUUCGAAGUAGAUUAUUUACAUAAAGAGAAAAAGGUAACCCGCCUACAGAAAGUCUGCCGGUCCCAAGCCGGACAAAGGGGGAGGGCUGUUGCAAUUUAUCAUAUUAAACCAAGGAGAACACCGUAACCCUGCAAGACAAUGAUUGCUGGUCCCUAGCCCAGAAAAAGGGGAAGUAUAACCAAGCUGACCAACUGCAGUUCGUUUAUCUUGCAAAAGAUGGGUCUGCAGUGCAAGAUGGAAGAAUAUACAUUACGACGUUUUAUUGCGAAUGGAUUUAUUACAUCGGCAGUUGUACAGUUAUUCCUUUUCCUCGUCUUGACUGUAUCAUGGAGAAUCAUUAUGGAACCGCCACCAUUGGAGAGCAGCACGCUCUGUGUUACAUGCAAUGACAUCAAACAAACGUACCCUUACAAUCACACACAACACUUCAUUGAUGCAUGGAGACAAACAUAUAACGAUUCGGUGUGCUGUGGCCCAAUUCGCACAGUGAUGGAGCUCCGCAUGCACAACGAGAUGACAAAGCAAGUCUUCGAAAACAAACAAUCAAAUCCUAGUCUUAUCGUUGGAGAAUUGUUUAUCACCGACUGUGAGUGGAAGGGGAUCAAAGCGCCUAAGGCUAAAUUGGUAGGAGUGGUAAAUAGCAUUCAAAGUGACUCAGUCCAAGAUCAUUCAAAACUUCGGUGGAACAAAAACGGUCUCACAUUCACAGCAGACAAAUUAAUUCACCUCGAGCUUGAGGGAGAAAUAUUCAUUAGGACACCAGGCUACUACAUAGUAUCUUCAACGCUGAAUGUAAAUGCCACCGGAACGGACAAUACAACGACAAUAUUUAGUCACAGCCUUAAUCUGCUCUCCAACAACUUUGGAACAACUAGUGUUCUAAUGCAACGCCAAAAGUCUAUCAAAGAAUCCGACCAUGUUAUUUUUACAAGUUUUAUAUCCGCGGUUUUCAAGCUUCAUAUCUACGAUAGGAUAUCUGUAUAUGUCAGCAACCCAAUUUUUUUAGCUCAUAACAAUUCUAACGACCAUUUCACUGCAUAUUACACGUACGACUUGUCUUAAAUUCGAGUUCCUGCUGAAAUAGAAAUCCGUUCAACUUGUCCAUAAAAAAAAUUUGUAUCGGAAAGCACGGAUUACAUUUUGUCUGUCUUUAAAAAUUCAAAAGUUUGAUUUACCAUUUUGUUUGAAAAUGAAUAGUCCAUUCAAUAAUAUUGUUAAACCUUCACUGUAUCAACAAUACUUAUCUAAGAGUGUUUCAUUGUAAUUGACACUGAUGCAGUCAUUUAUCAUUAUUGUGCACUCUGCGUCAUAUUACUUACACAGCUUUAAUGUGGUUGUUUGUAUUGAUUUUGACUCUGACCGAUUAAUUUUAUAAUAAGAAAAACAAGCGCUUAUGUAGGCUGUGUAAUGUAAUUUUGUAAUGUUUUAUUGCAAAAAAGCAACAUAAGCAUUUAAUGUGUUGUAACGUUUGAAUCACGGAUCAUAUCAACCUGAUGUGUAAUGUCUGUCUAUCAACACUCCAACGUUUGAUUUACAGUUGUGGUUGACAAUGACUCAUACAUUCAAGAGUAUUUUUCAAUCUUCGCUUUAUCAACAAGUUAUAUCCAAUAGUUUUUCAUUGUAUUUGGAACUGAUGUAUUCAUUUAUCAUUAUUGUGUAUUCUUCGCUAUAUUAUUUAGACAGCUCCAAUGUUGUUGUUUGUAUUGUGUUUGACACUGACCGAUUAAUUUUAUAAUAAGAAAAACAAGUGAUUUUGUAUACACAAAUGUAAAAAUAUGUAAUUGUGUGAUGCAUGGUAUGUGCUGUAGUUUUUGAAUCACGGAUCAUAUCAACCUGUUGUGUAAUACAAUGAUACUGAAUACAAG